ACAGCUCUUUUAGAAUUUGUCUAGCAGGUUUUCCGGUCUCUACCGGAAGACCCCCCCACGCUAAUAGUUUUAAACAAUAGAGUCGCUUGUUUAGAAUUAGCAUUCCUUCUGUGUAUUAGGCUUGUUUAGGGUUAGUCUUCCUAGCGUAUUCCAGUUUGGAGUUUUUUGUUACAUAUUUACUACUUCCGGCUGAGACUGAUGCUGCUUCCCUUCUGUUCCUUUCGGUCUUGGCGACGGUUCUAGGAGGUGGCUAGUUUUUUUUUUUUCUUUUUGCUGUGCUGCACGUGCAGCUUCUGUCGCUCUAUGGCUUCUGCCUCGACCCAACCUGCAGCCCUGAGCGCUGAACAGGCGAAGGUGGUUCUAGCGGAGGUGAUCCAGGCGUUCUCUGCCCCUGAGAACGCCGUGCGCAUGGACGAGGCUCGGGACAACGCGUGCAACGACAUGGGCAAGAUGCUGCAAUUCGUGCUGCCGGUGGCCACGCAGAUCCAGCAGGAAGUUAUAAAAGCCUAUGGCUUCAGCUGCGACGGGGAAGGGGUCCUUAAAUUUGCCCGCUUGGUCAAGUCCUACGAAGCCCAAGAUCCUGAGAUCGCCAGCCUAUCAGGCAAGCUGAAAGCAUUGUUCCUGCCACCUAUGACACUACCACCCCAUGGGCCUGCUUCUGGUGGCAGCGUGGCUGCCUCCUGAGAGUUGGCCUUCCCUGUGCUAUUUCCAAGAGAGGGAAGACUUGGUGUUCCAGAAUAUAAUAAAUGUGCCUGUGGCUU